UCGUCCACAAUCAUCAGAGGAGCACUCACCAUGAAGCUGCUCCUCCCAGCUCUCCUCCUCGCUCUAGGCGCUCACGCCGUCAAGCGCGAGGACUUCAAAGAGUGCGCGCAGACCUCGUUCUGUCGCCGUCUCCGUCCUCUCUCCAGCAAGUCUGAAGUAGCCGACUUCACCUCACCCUACUCGCUCGGCUCGCCUUCGCCCGCCGUCUCUCCUCACAUUGGUACCCCGGCGAAGGACGCUGCCUGGACUUUUCCCCUCACAUCGACGCUCUACCCCGACGUCGGCUUUGAACUACGCGUGGACGUCCUCGACGGCGACAUCGCACAGGUUCGCGUCGACGAGGUCGGCUCGGCGUCCCCAUGGCGCCGGUACAACGAGACGGCCAAGUGGGCGCUCCUCUCUCCCGAGCCGGCGCACGUUAGGGCCUCCAUCACUACGAAGAAAGGCGUGAGCUCAAUCAAGUAUGGCACCGGGCUAGAACUACGGAUCAACCACUCGCCCCUGCGCAUUGCUAUGCUGCGCGGUGGCACCGAGGAGAUUGUGUUCAACGAUCGAGGGCUCUUCCACAUGGAGCACUUCCGCACUAAAGAGAUUGCUAUUGAGGAAGAGGAGGUCGUCAAGGCUGAGGACGGCGAGGAGGUCAAGACUGAAGAAGGAGCCGAGGUUACGACUGAGGAGCCUGUCGAAGUCAAGUCCGAGCCCGAGGAACAGAAGCCUUUCGAGGCGACCAUCGACCGCUCCUGGUUUGAGACAGAGGAUGGUGACUUGUUCGAGGAGCACUGGAAGCGAUGGCGCGACUCCAAGCCCAAGGGCCCCGAGGCGUUCUCGCUCGACCUCACCUUCCCUCGCGCCAAGCACGUCUUUGGUCUCCCGGAGCAUGCUUCUCCCCUCUCGCUGCCUGACACUAUCGGCGAGGGCAGCUACUACUCUGAGCCAUACCGUCUCUGGAACGUCGACAUCUUCGAGUACGUCGCUGACAGCCCUAUGGCAUUGUACGGCGCCGUGCCGCUCCUCCACGCGCACAGUGCCCAGGGCACAGUAGGUGUGCUCAACCUCGUCGCGUCCGAGACGUGGGUUGAUGUCGCCCACACCAAGGGCGUGCAGACGCACUGGAUCUCGGAGAGUGGCAUCAUGGACCUACUCCUUCUCCCUGGUCCAAACCCAACUGCUCUUUUCGAGCAGUACGCCACCCUCACAGGCCCUGCGCAGAUGCCACCUCAGUUUGCAACUGCGUACCACCAGUGCCGCUGGAACUACAACACUCAGGGCGAGGUGAUUGAGGUCCAGGACCGCUUUGAGGAGGCAGACAUGCCACUUGACGUAACCUGGCUUGACAUCGAGUACGCCGACGAGCACCGUUACUUUGACUGGAACAAGAAGAUGUUCCCGGAUCCGGUUGCGAUGCUUGACCAGGUCGCCAAGCUCGGGCGCAAGAUGGUUGCUAUCGUGGACCCGCACAUCAAGCGUACUGACUCCUUCCGUGUCUACAAGGACUCGCUUGACCUCGAUAUCCUAAUCAAGAAGGCCGACAACAACAACUUUGACGGCUGGUGCUGGCCUGGCUCAUCCGUGUGGGUCGACUUCUUCAACCCGAAGUCGUGGGAGUGGUGGACGCGCAUGUUUUCCUUCGAGACAUGGGCGGACCAGACUAAGGCGCUGUUUGUGUGGAAUGACAUGAACGAGCCUUCCGUCUUUGACGGCCCGGAGAUCACGAUGCCCAAGGACAACAUUCACGCCGGGGGUUGGGAGCACCGAGACGUGCACAACAUCAACGGCAUGCUGUUCCACAACCAGACGCAGCACGCGAUCUCCGUUCGUGAGCCGACCAAGAAGCGUCCCUUUGUCCUUUCGCGCGCCUACUUUGCCGGCUCGCACCGGUACGGGGCGAUCUGGACGGGCGACAAUCUUGGCACGUGGGAGCACCUCGCUGGCGAGAGUGCCAUGUUCCUCUCCAACUCGAUUGCGGGUAUGAGCUUCGUUGGCGCUGACAUCGGCGGAUUCUUCGGCAACCCCGGCACUGAAAUGCUCGUGCGCUGGUACCAGGCCGGCGCGUUCAUGCCGUUUAUGCGCGCUCACGCGCACAUCGACACGAAGCGCCGCGAGCCGUACCUGUACGACGAGCCCAUCCGCUCGCACCUUCGUGACGCGCUGCGCCUGCGCUACACUCUCCUGCCGACGUGGUACAACGCGUUCCACGACGCGGCGACCAAGGGCUACCCCGUCAUCUGGCCACAGUACGCCAAGUUCCCGGCCGACGAGUCCGGCGCCGCAGUCGAUGACCAGUAUUACGUUGGCGACUCCGGACUGCUCUUCAAGCCGGUCGUGGUUGAGGGCGCAACCACUACAGAAGUGUACCUUGCCGCCAACGAGCCGUACUACGACUACUUCAGUGCGCGGAUGUGGCCUGCGCGCGCGAAGCCGCGCAACAUCACGCUCGACACGCCGCUCGACAAGUUCCCGCUGCUAAUUGAAGGCGGACACAUCUUCCCCUCGCGCGAGCGCGUGCGCCGCGCCUCGUCCCUCAUGGGCCAGGACCCCGUGACGCUCACCGUCGCGCUGGGGAAGAACGGCGCGCACGGGCAGCUGUACCUCGACGACGGCGAGACGUUCGCGUGGGAGCGCGGCGAGUUCGUGCACCGCGAGUUGGCGUACGCCGACGGCCGGUUGCGGAGCACGCAAAAGGUGCCGCACGACGCGCACAACGCCUUUGCGCGCUCCAUCGCCGCCGUUGGCGUCGAGCGCGUGCGUGUCCUCGGCCUCAAUAAGGCGCCGAGCAGCGUAACUGUCGCCGGGCGAGAGGUGCAGUUUGAGUGGGAAAAGGGGGCGCCGAAGGCCAAGGAGCCGCGCGCAGGCAUCCUCACGAUCAAGAACCCUGGCGUCAAGGUCGUCGACGACUGGGAGAUCGUGAUUGCCUAAGCGCAGCUUUGCAUGGCGCCGAGGCGUCCCAUCUUGCAUGUAGACAUAGAAAACGUGAACUUGACAAUGCGCAUGU